AAAUUAUCUUUAAAAGGACCCUUGUAUUUGCUUGUCUAGGUCUCUGCCAACACUAUUUCACCUGUGUUUAAACCUGUGGUUUGAUUCUUUAUUGCCUCCGGAUUUUAAAAAUGAAAAAGAACAGAUCUAAUUAUCCUAGCUGUAAUCAAUAUGAAGUGAUUUUUAUGGUCUAACUACACGAUCGUCAAUUACGCCAUAGCUAAAAUGGACAAGCGUUCUGUAUUUGUUGGACUCGUAAUUUGUGUAUUGAUAUUAGUGAUUUCAUUGAACUUUGUCUUGUACAGUUACUACGAUGAUUCGUCAUUCCAGCACAUCGCAACGGAACGUUUCAUUGAACAGAUCUCUCCUGAUUAUCUGGCAGUGUUUGAUAAUGAAAGCUUCAACAAGAUGGUCCAGAAUAUCUCCGCUUCGGACUUUGCCGCCUCUGUAUCGAAAACCUUUUUAUCAUCAUAUAAAGCAUACUUAUCUAUUAACGACGUCACCGAUCUGAAAAGGAUUGCAACAGGUGCUGAUUCUACACAAGCACUUGCUCUAAAUAAGGAAAUAUAUUCACUGGGAGACAUUAUAAAGGUUCGAAUCAUGCUGUUUGACGGAUAUGGUAAACCUCUCACAAACGGAGGAGAUAUUCUUAGAAUUUGGCUAAAAAGUACAUCAAAGAAUGCCAGCGCAAAUGGUUACGUCAUCGAUCAUGGGAACGGUUCAUACACAGGUCACGUGAGGGCUUUAUGGACAGGUAGUUGCGUCAUAAAGACGUCGAUAGCGGCAACCAAAGAACACAUUGCGAUCGUUCAUAAAUAUAUAGAGAAACACGGAUUGCUUCAUGAUAUGGUUGCCGGAUUUAACAAAAAUAACAUUCAAGAACGAACUCCGUGCAGUGUUAAACCGAACGUGUUUGGACUGGCUGAUAUGUGUAACUUUACAGAGGAAAAUUACGGUCUCCACUGGUUUUGUGGGAAACCCAAAAAUUCCAAUCUUACUUGCCAAGACUGGAAGUUUACUAAAGGUCACCGUACCGACCAUUUGAGUCAACCUCAGAGAACAAUUGCAAGGCUCCACAAACACAUGUUGUUGAAGAAAAGUCCUGCAAUCACUAUAAAGGGAGAUGGUGAUUACGUUCUCCCUCCCGAUCUGCCUUGUAACAAGAGACCAAAUAAGGAGACAUGGUACGAGGAAUCCCCUGUUGGGUUUUAUUACAAAAACAAAUGGCACAAUCGAGGCUGCGAUAUUACGUUCGUACCUUCCAAGGUGUCGUAUGAGAAAUGCCUUCGUGAUCAGUACCUGUUUUUGAUUGGUGAUUCAAAUAUUCGCUCAUGGUUUGAUCACAUCAAACAAACGGUAACUAUGGUGACAGCGAAACACGAAGGACAGACGGCGAGCCGAUGGUUCAGUUUAAGGAGAGCUGAGCGAAAGGACUUGAAUCUCACUCUGCUUUGGGCCGUCCACGAAUUGCCUUUCUAUACCGGGGAGGAUUCACCACGGGAACACAUCAAGUCGGUAGCGUGGCAUAUAGAUCGUAUUCCUGAGAGGAAAAAGGUCACAGUUGUGAUACAUAAUAUGAUGCACAUAGCGAGAACUACACCGUCUGAAUUCCGCUUACAUGUUCGCGAUGUAAAAUUUGCGAUUGGAAGACUCUUUAAACGAAUACCAGAAGCAAGGGUGUUUGUCAAAGGCCCUCAUUCAGCUACUUUUAUCGAUCUCCUAAAACCGCUUGAUUUUAUUAGAAAGAUUCAUGAACAACUAUUCUAUGAAGAGUUUGGGGAAUUCCAAGAUAAGAUUACUUAUUUAAACUAUUGGGAUAUGACAGCUUGUAUAGAAAACGUCAACGUUCAUCCUAGUCCUGCGACCGUUAGUGACAUGAUCAAUUACUUUAUGUCGUAUUUGUGUGGAGUUUAGAGACGUUUUAUUUUGAUUCAUUACAAAAGAGCGCUUGUCGUCUUCCUCCGUUGCCUUCAUGUAGAUUGUGCUUUUAUCAACUAUGGUGUCUCCUCAAGUUUGGUAAUUGAUUUUCUAUUCUCUCCACGUUCGAUUCGCCCUUGCGUGUUGACAUUCGAAGUUAUAUUUUGGUCGAUUUUUUUUAGCUCGCAUAGUUUGUAAAGUGAAAUUACACUUCAGAGUAUAUUUUAUUUAUUUUCAGUGUGAUAUAAUUGAAUUCGUUAGAAUUAUCAUCCUGUGAUUGCAAUAUGUUGAAUUUUAAAACCCUGACUAACGCCCAGGGCCCGAGGGGCGAGUACAAAAGGGGUAAAAUUUGCAAAAAUGUCAACAAUCUUCUUCUCUAAGCCUAAAUUUAGUGAAAUAAAAUACUCUUCAUGGAUGAAAUAGUCUUAAGGGGCUUUAUGAAAUGUGUGAAUUUCGUUCCCUUUGGUUAACAGCCCCUCCCCUGGGAAGGGAGUAACGUUUACUAUAAUUGGUAUUUUGGCUAUUAUAACGGUACCGAUAUCCCUGUACCAUUGCUACCUGUUGGAGUUACGCUCAUCUACUUUCUUUGCACACCUGGAAUAUAUGACAAAAUUAAGGUAUGUAGUUGACGAUGUAAUUGGGACCAGGUUUUAAAAAAACCUGACCAAUUGCUAAGCCGACACCUGUAUCUUGAAGAGCCAUUCAAUUUUACCGUUACGCUACCGCGCGUUUCUUUCAAUCAAAGGAUCGAACUAGUCUAAUUGUAUCAUUAUUGAAGCCUUCAAUUUUGUCAUGACGUAUUCCUUGCCGAACAAAUAGCUCUACAGUGCUUACGUUACUGUUUUUAACAUAAAUGACACUAAAUAAAUUUCCUUGUAUCUUGUAUUCCAGGCUGCAGAGAACUUAAUGAUCGUAGUUAUUUGAAUUUCGAGCAUGUUGAUUUCUAUCAUAUUGACACCAUCCUCUCCAUUUCGCUAUGGAUACACUAGAUAUUACUAUUGCUAUCGACGUGAUACGUACCUUGCUAACGAUAAAUUUGAUGUUGUCAUCGCUACAAAUAAUAUAAUCCUGUUUUCAACAAAGACGAGGGACAUUGGAUACAAAUAACGUUACAUAAAUUUUAUGUUAAACUACUUGCGAAAAUGCAAAUGUUUUUUCUUAAUAAUGUUUUUAUAUUAAAAAUGUUGAC